AUGGGUUUAAUAGUGGAUGACAACGACGGCGAGGUUUUGAUUCCGCCGCCGAAUUUCUCGAUGGUCGAAGACGGAGUUUACCGAUCUGGGUUUCCUCAGCUCGAGAAUUUCGGUUUCUUAUCAACCUUGAAUCUCCGCUCCAUCAUUUAUCUGUGUCCUGAACCAUACCCUGAAGAGAAUCUCAAGUCUCUUGAAUCAAACAACAUCAAGCUUUUCCAAUUCGGAAUCGAAGGCAAAACGGAUCCUCCAACUCCUAUGCCAAAGGAUACAGUCUUGAGUGCUCUUAGAGUCCUUGUUGAUGUUCGAAACCACCCAAUUCUCAUCCACUGUAAGCGCGGGAAGCAUAGGACAGGUUGUCUUGUGGGAUGUUUGAGGAAAGUUCAAAACUGGUGUUUAUCAUCGGUUCUUGAGGAAUACCAAAAGUGCGCUGGUUUGAAAUGGAGGCAAAGAGAUUUGAAGUUCAUAGAGGAUUUCGAUGUGCUGAGGUUAAGGCAGUGCCUGUACAGCAUUAUCUAUCAGUACAAUGGUUAUGGUCUCAAGAGGAGAAAGCUGCUGUACCAAGAGGAGAAUGUCGUCCAAGAACAGCAAAAACCUCAAGCCACCAGAGGGUGA